GUCACACAGUGCACGCGACAAAACUUUGAGCGGCCAUGCGUUUCCUGGCUGCAUUUUCGUGCCUACUGGUAUGGGCCAAUGCCCAGCAGCAGUACCUCCCGGGUCCCCCUCCCCUGGGUGGAGGCCGUGGAUACCAACCUCAAGCACAAGCACAAAAGGCUUACCAACCACAGGGCUACCAGCCCCCUGCCUACCAAGCCCAACAAGCUUACUCCCCGCAGUCCGCACCGCAGCAAAGCUACAGCCCCCCGUCCCAACAGAGCACAACUACACCGCCACCCAUUGUGUUCGACCCUGCACCUCUUCACUACGUCAGCAUUGGAGCUAAACUUGAAGGUGACUACAAGUUUGGAUACGACACCGGAAAGAGCAAGGACAAGACUGGAAGUUUCCGGGAAGAAUCACGUCUCCCAGACGGCACUGUGAAGGGAUCUUACGGAUACAUCGAUGCCACCGGCCGCCAGAGGAUUAUUCGCUACACUGCCGGGAAGGAAGGUUUCAAAGCUGAGGGAGACAUUUACCAAGAAGGUGCUCCGAAGGACACGAUCCCAAAGCACCUUCAGAAUCCCCCGUCCACACCUGCCCCAGCCCAAGCAUCCUCAGCUGCUGGCGCUGGAUAUGCUGCUCCUCAGUACGGUGCACCUCAGCAACCACAGUACCAGCCACGCGCUGCACCAUCCUUCCCACAGUACCAGCCACGCUCUGCACCAUCCCUUCCACAGUACCAGCCACGCGCUGCGCCAUCCGCUCCGCAGUACCAGCCUCGUCCUUCUGCCGCUGCACCAUCGCCAAACUUCGCUUCUUCGAACCUUGCCUUCCCCCAGUUUUUCCAGAACCUGAACCUGAACCAGCCCGCUGCUGCGGCUGCCCCUGCCCCAAGGCCCGCUGCACCAGCUCAGCAGCCUUCCAGUUACUCCCCUUUCCAAGUUCCUCCAGCGGCGAGGUCGGCUCCACAGAGUUACGUCCCGCAGUACACGCCUAGGCCUCAGUCUCCAUACGGUGGCCUGCAGCAACCUGCAGCUACUCAGCAGAGGCCAUCCUUCCCACAGUUCCAACCAAACUCACCGGCUCUGAGGUCCCCAUACGACAGGCCCGCCGUUCCACCCGCGUACGCCCAGCAAGUUGCCUCGGCUCAACAGCGGGUACCACAGUUUGCUUCCCAGGCCCCCAAGUUCAACGUCCCAAGUCUCUUUGGUCAGGAAGCUAACAAGGCCGGAACAAAGCCAAACUACCAAGACUUCCUGAAGCAGUUCAUUCCGUUCCAGAAGCAGCAACCAGCACCAGCUGGUUCCCCCGCUGGUGCAGCACCCUACAGUCAAGCUCCACCACAGCAGGCUCCCUUUGCUAGGCCGCAAUCCUUCCCACAAUUCGGUCAACCAAGCGCCGCACCCGCACAGCAAGCUCUGCCACCUUAUCUUCAGAACCAAGGUCGCCCUGCUGCUCCCCCUCAGUUCAGUCAGCCUCAACAAGCCGCGGGCGGUGCGCCACAGUACUCCUCGUACAGACCACCCUUGCAAGUUCCUCAGCAAGCACUUCAGCAAGGUGCCUUUGGCGGUGCUGCCGCAAAGCCAGCCAAGAAAGUAGAGGACGGCACCUACGACGCAAGCCUCUACGACCACGGACUCUACGACCCUAAGAAGUACGAGGAUCCUUAUUUCGGGAAGACAUCUUCGGCUGCAGCUCCAGCACAGGGUCUGACGGCGGCGGCAGCUGCACCUCAGGGUUACGCACCACAACAACAGGGUCAGCAACAGGCCAGGAGCCUUCCCGCAUUCGACACAUCACUGCUUUCUUAUAAUAUCGGCUAAUCAGUGCAUUGCCUUGGCUUGUUCCUUGUGGCAGAUACAAACGAAGGAAGGCAAGGAACACAAGUCAACUGGUAAUGGCUGUUUGUAUUGAGAAGGCCCGGAGACUGGGACACACUUGUCACACUGCCCACUGAACACGGGACCUACGGGGGUCCUCAGGUCCAAGAUAAGCAUUAUGACAUUUCACACAACAAAUCAACCUCCUGUGUCUCCGCCUCCGGGCGCAUUUUUCUUUGCAGAAUGUUCUGUGUAAGUGGAUGACGUGUGCGAGAGAUUGUUCUGUGAUGCGUAAUUUAUCGUGUUUGAAUAUGUGUACGUGUUAUAUUUCCUUAUACUGUUGCAAUAAAGCUGUUU